AUGUUUCAGACAGUCCCUGACACGUCGUCUUACGUCAAGGUAAGACAUGACAGCGUCUUUAAACAGGAGGCUCUGUCGGUGGUGAGCGACGACCAGUCCCUCUUCGACUCUGCAUACGGAGCGGCGGCCCACCUCCCCAAGGCCGACAUGACCGCCUCCGGGAGCCCCGACUAUGGCCAACCCCACAAGAUCAACCCCCUCCCCCCGCAGCAGGAGUGGAUGAACCAGCCCGUGAGGGUCAACGUCAAGCGCGAGUAUGACCAUAUGAACGGGUCCAGGGAGUCUCCGGUGGACUGCAGCGUCAGCAAAUGCGGCAAGCUCGUGGGCGGAGGCGAGUCCAACACCAUGAGCUACAACAGCUACAUGGACGAGAAGAACGGCCCCCCUCCCCCCAACAUGACCACCAACGAGAGGAGAGUCAUCGUCCCUGCAGACCCCACGCUGUGGACACAGGAGCACGUGCGGCAGUGGCUGGAGUGGGCGAUAAAGGAGUAUGGCUUGAUGGAGAUCGACACAUCUUUCUUUCAAAAUAUGGACGGCAAGGAACUGUGUAAACUGAACAAGGAGGACUUCCUCCGAGCCACCUCCCUCUACAACACGGAAGUGCUAUUGUCACAUCUCAGCUACCUCAGGGAAAGUUCACUGUUGGCCUAUAACACAACCUCCCACACAGACCCGUCCUCACGGCUGAAUGUCAAAGAAGACCCUUCCUAUGACUCAGUCAGGAGAGGAGGUUGGGGCAGUAACAUGAAUUCUGGCCUCAACAAAAGUCCCCCUCUUGCUGGAGCACAAACAAUGAGUAAGAAUACUGAACAGCGGCCCCAACCAGAUCCAUAUCAGAUCCUGGGCCCAACCAGCAGUCGCCUAGCCAAUCCUGGAAGCGGGCAGAUCCAGCUGUGGCAGUUCCUCCUGGAGUUGCUCUCGGACAGCGCCAACGCCAGCUGCAUCACCUGGGAGGGGACCAACGGGGAGUUCAAAAUGACGGACCCCGAUGAGGUGGCCCGGCGCUGGGGGGAGCGCAAGAGCAAACCCAACAUGAAUUACGACAAGCUGAGCCGGGCCCUCCGAUACUACUACGAUAAAAACAUUAUGACCAAAGUGCACGGCAAGAGGUAUGCCUACAAAUUUGACUUCCACGGCAUCGCUCAGGCUCUGCAGCCGCACCCCACUGAGUCGUCCAUGUACAAGUACCCUUCGGACAUCUCCUACGUGCCUUCCUACCACACCCACCAACAGAAGGUGAACUUUGUCCCUCCCCACCCGUCCUCCAUGCCGGUCACGUCCUCCAGCUUCUUCGGAGCGGCGUCACAAUACUGGACCUCCCCCACGGGUGGCAUCUACCCCAACCCCAACGUCCCCCGCCACCCCAACACCCAUGUGCCCUCACACUUAGGCAGCUACUACUAG